UGUCCCUCUCUCCUUUCCUUGCCAGCUUGUUUAAUCUUCCACAAUCCCUCUCUCUAUCUAAAACAAGUCGCAGCUUUCUCUCUCUAAGAAACCAGUAAGAUCGAUGUCGUCCGAUGACGAAGGAGGAGAGGAGUAUCUCUUCAAGAUAGUGAUAAUCGGAGACUCGGCGGUCGGGAAAUCGAACCUUCUCUCUCGUUAUGCUCGGAACGAGUUCAACGCCCACUCGAAAGCCACGAUCGGCGUCGAGUUCCAGACUCAGAGCAUCGAAAUCGAUGGCAAAGAGGUCAAAGCUCAGAUUUGGGACACCGCCGGUCAGGAACGCUUCCGUGCCGUCACCUCCGCUUAUUACCGUGGCGCCGUCGGAGCUCUCGUCGUCUACGACAUUACUCGUCGCUCCACCUUCGAGAGUGUUGGACGUUGGCUUGAUGAGCUCAACACACAUUCGGAUACAACGGUGGCGAGGAUGCUGGUGGGAAACAAAUGUGACCUAGACAGCAUUAGAGCGGUGAGCGUGGAAGAAGGCAAAGCCCUAGCGGAAACAGAGGGACUAUUCUUCAUGGAAACAUCGGCUCUCGAUUCAACAAACGUUAAAACUGCUUUCGAAAUGGUGAUCCGCGACAUCUACACCAAUGUUAGCCGGAAACAACUCAAUUCCGACACUUACAAAACACAACUAAACGCCAACAACCGAGUAAGUCUCGUUAAGGACGACAAUAAGGGAUCCAAGCAAGGCUUAGGUUUCUCUUGCUGUUCUUCCUCGUGACCUCAUUUUGAUUCUAAAUUAUUUUUCUUUUGCUUCAUUUGUUACAAAGUUCCAUUAAGAAAAGAAAAAAGCAGCUCCAUAAGAUUUUUCUUUUAUUUUUUUCUCCCAUAACAAUAAGCAAAGAUCUUAUAGAUUCAUAUUUGUAAUUUUUCUUCAAGUUUGGAUCAUACACAGUAAGACUUUACACGAUGAUUAAUUACUAUUGGUAUUAUUUUAUUAGGUU